UUUUUUUUUUCGUUUUUGUCCUGAUUAUUUGAAAUUAGUGAAAAAAUGACAGCCGCUGAAUUAGAAAAUGCCCUCGCGAUCAAAGAAACGCAAAAAACUCAAGCGAUGGAAUUAUUAGGAAAUAUUGUUAAAAGAGAUAUUAAUGAUCCGAACGAUGAUGUGAUAAAAAUAAAAGAGCAGGCAAUCAUUGAAUUGGGAGAUCUUUUUGCCAAAAGUGGAAAGGCAGAUGAAUUAUGGUCUAUGAUAAAGUUCACCAGGCCAUUUUUGGCCCUGGUCAGUAAGGCAAAAGCAGCAAAGCUGGUUCGUAAUCUAGUGGACAAGUUUUUGGAUAUGGAGGCCGGCACUGGAAAAGAGGUUGAACUGUGCCAAGAAUGUAUUGAGUGGGCGAAACAGGAAAACAGGACAUUUUUGAGGCAGGCUCUAGAAGCCAGACUUGUAUCAUUGUAUUUCGAUGUUAAGAGAUAUGAGGAUGCUUUGCAAUUAGGAUCCUCUUUAUUAAAAGAAUUGAAGAAACUAGAUGACAAAGCACUGCUGGUUGAAGUUCAGCUUCUGGAAAGUAAGACAUACCAUGCAUUGAGUAACCUCCCCAGAGCCAGAGCAGCCUUGACCUCAGCUCGCACCACAGCCAAUGGUAUUUACUGCCCCCCCAAAUUACAGGCUGCCCUGGACACACAAUCUGGCAUACUGCAUGCUGCUGAUGAGAGGGAUUUUAAGACUGCCUAUUCAUACUUCUAUGAGGCUUUUGAAGGAUAUGAUUCUAUAGACAGCCCAAAAGCAGUAACUGCCUUGAAGUAUAUGCUCUUGAGCAAAAUUAUGCUACACAGUUCUGAUGAAGUACAUUCGAUCGUUAGUGGCAAACUUGCCCUGAAGUACACCGGCCCAGAAGUUGAGGCCAUGAAGUUUAUUGCACAGGCUAGCCACAAGAGGUCACUGGCCGACUUUAACGAGACGACAGUGAAAUACAAAGAACAAUUAGAGAAUGAUCCGAUAAUCAGGGCACAUCUUGAUUCUUUGUAUGACAGUCUUCUGGAGCAGAAUCUAUGCCGAAUUAUAGAACCUUUCUCAAGGGUGCAAGUCGAACAUGUUGCUAAACUCAUCAACUUAAACAUGGAUGUUGUUGAGAAUAAACUUUCUCAAAUGAUUCUUGACAAGAAGUUCAAUGGUAUAUUGGAUCAAGGGUCAGGUGUCUUGAUAAUCUUCGAUGAAACUUCAACUGACAAAACGUAUGAGACAGUCUUAGAAACUAUCCAAAGUAUGGGCAAAGUCGUUGACUCCCUGUACAACAAAGCCAAGAAGCUGACAUAAAUUUACAUAAAUUAGCAUAAAAUUUAAAUAAAACUAGUGUCUGAUUGUCGAAACUGAUUCUUUAAGACAAAAAAAUGGAUGUGAACAAAGUUUAGGCGAAGCUCUCAUCUAUUUAUUUUCUUUGUUUUGAGUUUUUUGAAGUUUUGAACUAUAGUUAGUAAUAAAAGUAAGCUAUUGCUAUUUUGUAAUAAUAAUUCAAUGAAUAAUAGGAAUAAUAAUAAAUGUAAAAGGUGGAGUGAGAUCUA